UUUGCUGUGGCAAACAAUGAAGGGAUAAUUGCAAAUGCCUGUAGCAGAAGCUCUUUUAAAUAUUCUUUUCUUUCAUGCCUGGAUCUUCUGUUUCUUUCUAGAGUGAGUGUAAAGGGUAUCUGAAUCAGACGGAAUUGCCCUUCUGACUUACUGCUGUUUGGAAAGUGUAUUGAGAUGUCUCCAGUGCGGGACAUGAAAUGCUUACAUGACAACUGCUUACACCGCGGAGAAAACAAACUCCUUCCUCUCUGCUGUCUCUUCAGAUCUCAGUGAAUGCAGCUGGUGUCGCUGUGUUGCCUUGCCCGUGUGCAGCUUGGGUGAGCCCAGGAUGCUUACCAGAACGCCGAGCGUUGUUGCCCAAGUGUUCCUUCUUCUAAGUGUAAUUCUUAUCAUUGCUAUUGCAGUGAUUCAGAUUAAUCAGCAGAAGAUUCUUUCCCCAGGCCUUAAGUAUGGAAUAGUCCUUGAUGCUGGAUCUUCGCGGACUACAGUCUAUGUCUAUGAAUGGCCAGCAGAAAAAGAAAAUGAUACGGGAGUAGUGAGCCAAACCUUCAAGUGUGAUGUGAAAGGUCCUGGUAUAUCCAGUUAUGAGCAUAACACAGGAGCCCUUGCGAAACCGCUUGAUGAGUGCCUGAAUAAAGUCAAGGAGAGAAUCCCAGUUCAUCUACAUAAGAGCACUUCAAUUUAUCUAGGGGCUACAGCUGGCAUGAGGCUACUGAGGUUGCAAAAUGAAACAGCAGCCAACGAAGUCCUCGCAAGCGUUCAAAACUACUUCAGAGCACAACCUUUUCGAUUUAGGGGUGCGCAUAUCAUAACUGGGCCAGAGGAAGGGGUGUAUGGAUGGAUAACAGCCAACUAUUUAAUGGGCAAUUUCUUAGAGAGAAACCUUUGGAGGACAUGGGUCCAUCCAUACAGAAAAGAGACCAUGGGUGCACUGGAUCUUGGAGGAGCUUCCACUCAAAUUUCUUUUAUCCCAGAGGACUCUCAGGAGAACUUCAAUAACACCAUGCAAGUGAAGUUGUAUGGUUACGACUACAAUGUCUACACUCACAGCUUCCAGUGUUAUGGGAGAGAAGAAGCUGAGAAAAGGCUUUUAGCAUUGUUGCUCCAGAAGUCAAGCACCAGUUCCAGUGUGGAUAAUCCAUGUUACCCUCGGAAUUAUGAGGCUGCCUUAACAGUGAAGUACUUCUGUGGCAGUCUUUGUACACAGUCUCUGAGACCAGCAAAUUAUUACCCAAACCAAUCUGUAAUCUUCCAUGGAACAGGAGACCCAGGUCUGUGUCAGGAGAUGGUUUCAUUACUGUUUAACUUCACUACUUGCAGAAACCAGGAGGACUGUCCAUUCAGUGGAAUCCAUCAACCAAAAGUUAAAGGGAAUUUUGUGGCUUUCUCAGGAUUCUACUAUACAAUUAAUGCUUUGAAUUUAUCUGGGCACUUUUCUCUAGCUGACUUCAAUUCAAGUAUGUGGUUUUUCUGUUCACAAAGCUGGGCCCAGCUCCAGUUUAUGCUACCUAAAUCUGAAGAAAUAUACACUAGAUCCUACUGUUUUUCAGCCAAUUUUAUUUAUUACUUGCUUGUACAUGGCUACAACUUUGAUGCAGGGAAUUGGCCACAGAUACACUUUCAAAAGGAGGUUGGUAACAGCAGCAUAGCAUGGUCACUUGGUUACAUGUUGAGCCUCACCAACAUGAUUCCAGCAGAAGGCAAGCUGAUCCAGUUACCUCUGAAACCUUCUUUGUUUGCUGGGCUCCUCAUCUUCCUCACUGUUCUGGCACUGUUGUGUCUUUUCUUCCUUGUUUACCUGUGUAUUGUGUCACGUAAUCAGAAGGUCAACAGUCAUGUGGAAUACGUAUUUACUCCAGAAUGAAAAAACUUACCUGAAGACUGACCAAAAAAUUCAUAAUCCUAUAAAGUUACGUAGAGCUUUAUAUUUGAAAAACAUAGUUAAAGACAGGUGAAAAGUCCUGAAAAGACCAGAAGCAUAAAUAAAGGAGACAAGAGGCACUGAGGAGUCUGUGAUAUGGUGAACUGCAGUGCUUCUGAAAUAUUUUGGUAGUUGUUUCUGUAAAAUGAGCGUAUCCAGUGUUAAGCAGAUGAAGCACAGGCAGGCGUGCUGCUUUGCUUGUUCAUGUUUUUAUAGUGUCUUUGUGUCAGAUAUGUAUGAAUUUUUGUCCAUUAAUUCUGUGCCACCUGAUAAGUGAUGUAUUUGAUCAAUGGCAGCGGUUGUUCAUGAUAAAAUCUAAGAAUGAGUCAGUGGAAAUUGUGAGAGAAGGGAACAUAAUGGCUGUUCUUGUGAGUGCUGCUGACACAAAUCCCCCAAACAAUCCAGCUUCUGAAAGUGGAACAAGCACUGGGUAAUCACAUGAGCUGACAGGAACAGCACAGCUGGGAGCAAAUUGUUUUUAUUGCUAUUCCAAACAAUUGAUCCCCAUCAUGUUAGGGUGUAACACAUUGCCAACAUCUUUCAGGACUGUGAAGCCCAACUUAAAGCUGAGCUAUACUUUUAGCACUACAAAGAUCUCAGAAAGCCUGUUAUGGCACAUUUAGAUUUGCUUUGAAGGCAAAAGUAAAAUCUUUUCAGUAAGGGAACCUAAUUUUCAACGUAUCAUAAUUACCUCCAGAAGCCUAUAGAGUUUUCAGGGUCCUUUUUUUUUUCUGUAAUAACUAUGGCAAACAUUUUUGGUAUUUUCUACUUCUGACUCGUAUUCCUCCUAAUCUCAGAUACAGUAAGUACCAGUUUGUCAGGUACAUAUUAUGUCAACUGUCUUGGAUCUUCUGAAGCAUUAAUGUGAGUAGGCAAAAACUUCAGCCCUGCCUUCAAGGCUAAGAGGAUUAGGAGGCAAGCUGCAGGUCAGAAGAACCGCCUUUAUGUAGUGGGUUUGAGACCAAAUAGCUGCAGUCACAACUGCUGCCUUCAGCUGCCUUUAUCAGCCUUUCUACUGUCCUGGCCUCAGCAUUCUUUCAGCAGCACUGGGAUAUAUGUAGCAGAUGCUUUUGUCAGUGACAUUAACUCCAAACCUUUACUGGGAACACAACUACCUUCAUGCUCUUAAGAGUUGCCUUCCUUGAAAGCUCAGGCAUUCUGCACCAAACCUCUAAUUCUUACCUACUUAAAUUUUGGAGUACAAACUUACCUGAUGCUCAAGGUGUCCUUCAUGGAAAUUCCUCCUUCCCCUGUCUGUCUUUUGUGCAGCUUUGUCCUUCCUUAGCUGGCUUUUGAACUAGCCCUUGGAAAAGACUUCUGCCAAGUCAUCUGCCUACUCCUCCCUUUGUACAGUGUCACUAUUCCUCUUCGUAAUGCCUUAACGUGAUCUGUGAAUGUAUGAGGGGGACAUACCCUUAGGGCUUUGGAGUUGGCAGGAGGAGGGAAUUGCUGUGCUGUUCAGGACCUGCAGGAAGAGAAAAAGCGUCUCUGUUUCUCUUCCAACCUUCUGCCAUCUCUUUUUGCCCAGAUUCACUACCUGCACGGAGCUCUGUUCACCCACCAUAUUCCCCCAGAUGUCCUACAAAUAGCUGCUGCCAACAUACUAAUAUAUUCCUCCCUUUUCAGCCUCUCAGGAUUGCUUCCUUCUGCAGGAAGUUUCCCUUGCUUGUGUCAUAGCUUCUCUGAAGGGAUGGUUAUUCAGUUCUUGCAUUGA